GUUAGCGCCAUUACGCAGAGAAAGUUGUCAAGCGCCAAUAUUUCAAAAUGGAAUCGCCACCUCGGAGAAAACUGUUACUCUAUGAUGAGGAAAACGACAUAACUUACUUUGAGAUGAAAGCGUGGAAGGCUGUGGUACACACAGUCGUGGCAGCCAGUCAGUUAUAUGCCGACAAAAUCGACCAGGGAAGAGAAAUACUCAAAUUCUUCUGUGAACUACGCUUUCAACACGGGAAAAAGAGAUAUUACUCUCAGUCAAGAGCAGAAAGAUUUAACCAGUGUCUGACAAAGAUCAGUGAUUUCCACAAAGAGGUUCUUGGGGAUAUGGUUAAACAUACAGGUCCAGAUGGACCAUUUGGAGACCUUCUAAUGUCAGACAAUCAUGUAUUCGAGCAGCUCCUGAGGAGGGCAGCUGCCAUGAAGAAAACACAUCUGAAGCUGGAGCAGAAAGCAGCAAAAGCAUGGAAGUACUAUGGACGGAGAGUGAGAAAGAAGGAGGACCUGUAUACAAAACUGUCUGGCACCAUGACUGCUACAGAAAUAGAGCUCGACAAAAAAUACACCACCUUCAAAUCCAAAACAGAUGCUGCCUUGACAAGAUACAAUAUUUUCUUCACCAAUGAAGUCGAUGAACGUGAGGUCUUAGCUCAGAAAACUGAGAGUCUCAAAGAAGACUUUCUGGAACAAGAGAAAGCGAAGCUCGAUGCAAUGUUUGAAUCCAUCAAUAACCUUGUAGAGAGGAUGGAGAAACUGUCCCCUUCAUCACUGGGCUGUCUGGAUUAUGAACGAGAGGAGGCAGACACGACAACAAUGGCUAAAGAAGUAUGGGAAUCCUCCCUCAAGAAACACACAUUCCCAAAACAUCGGGAUGACCCAACAAGCACUGAGGAUGUGGAUGAAGUCAGUGAAGAAGCUGAUUCAGAUGAUGAGGACAAGGAAUCAGUUGAUGAUGAAGACUCGGAUGAAGAACUGGACAUCACAUCUCUCCAGGCUAGAAAGAAAGAGAUCACUGUGGGAAGCCUUGCAGCUCCAAAGAAUGAGCAUCAUCUUGCUGAAGUCCUGGAGGAAAUCCUGAUGUCUGACAAUGAUGAGCCUGCCAAAGAGACAUCACAGGCUCCAGAUAGCGUGUCCACACCCACAACAGGUGCUGAUGUCAUCCCAGCUAAAUCUCCCAGACAGAGGAGAGAAGACAACAGCCUCGUCAGACAGAGAUCAGCCAAUACUUUCCAAAGUUCAAGGCCUGAACCUCGUAGACACAAAUCAGCUGCCAACAGCAAAGAAACCAAAGUACAAGACCCCAGGAAAGGAUCAGAUUAUCAACCCUCACACUCUAGAGAGGAGAAUCACUUAAGGACAUCGCCCCCUAAACAGAAAGAAUUGCCAACAGAGCAUGCACAACCUCAACCUACUGUACACUCCAAGUCUCAGCCUGGUCAACCUGGCCUUGUAUCUGAUGCCCGUAGGCGCCGCAGGGCAGCUAAGGAGGUUAAGAGUAACUCCCCAGGAUGUGACAGUUCCACUCCUUCAACACAAGGGCACAACAAUGACCAGAGGUCACCCAGAGUAAAGGAAGGAUGGACAUCUAAUUAUUCUUCCACAGGAUUCCAACCCAGUGUCAAGGAGGGAGGGACAUUCAAGUCUUCCAGCACAGGACCCCAGUCCAGUGUGUCAACGAUGAGUAAAGUAUCAGUCUUUGCUGUCCAGAAUUGGAAGAAAGACAAACUCCAACCAGAUCAGCCUUCGUGUUGGCAUGAAGAUCAAGCAGAUCAGAGCAGCUGAUGCUGAUGGCAUGGCCUAUGGCUACAAGAAGAACAAACUCGGGAUGAGGAUCCACGGCUCUUAUCCUGCUUGCCUGGUCUCCUUGUGUGUACCAGCCAAGGAGUCUCACCCUAACGAAUAAACCACGCCCUGAUUAUGAGUAUGGAACAUGGACUUGUCUUGAUGAUAUGAUUGAUGCAAAAUAUGAAUUAAGUGGCUCGGAUUUGUAACCAAAUGAUUCUUGAUUUACUUCAGAUAAGUAAUAAUUUUCAAAACUAACAUGGCAGACAAAAAAUGUGAAAUUAUUUCUUGUUACUGUUGUUAUUUAUACAUAAUAUAUUCACUAACUCUACUUAACUUAUACAUUGGCUUUCACCACGGACGUUUGAUUAGUUUACAUGAAUGGGCUAAAUGUGAAAUUUGAAUUUUUACAUUGUAAUUCAUAUGAUCUUGUCAACCUUUACAGAAAUAGUCAUUUUUAAAAACUAUUUUGUCA